AUGCAGAUUUCACUAUCGCCAGAAGAGGAGGACACUAUCAUCAUACCGAGUGACCUCCUCAAGACACAUUCAUUCUGGAAGGCCAGUCUGGGCGAUCAGUGGAUCAAGGGUAAGACGUUGGAGGGCACGAGCAUCAAGCGCUACGAGCUCGAAUUCAAGACACUACAUGAAAGUCUACUUGUCGGCAAGCCGAGCGAGAAGCCCAAUUUCAAGCCGUGA